GAUGCAUCUAAGUGAUUGCAUAUUUGCGCCGCUUAAAUUUUCUGCAUACAGAAGUCGGAAGCACGCCAAUCUCCAAUCUCAACUUCUCUCCCGUAGGCUACAUGUUCUAUUCACCGAGAGACUACGAUAAGCAUACAAGGAUUUUCGUGAGAUUGUUCGAUUAAUCGUUUCUAGAAGUUUCUGAACAGAUAUUUUCACUUUCCCUUUCCCUUCUGUUUUCCGGCGGAGUCCCCUGGAGUUGUAAGAGUUGUCUGAAGUUUGAAGUGUUGGUAAACCAUGGCUUGUGAAGGAAACGGCAUGUCAGAUGAGAGGAUUGGAGAGGCCCUGAUCAAAGAAGUCAUAGAGGAGGAACUGAAAGAUGUGCCCUCGGAAGAAGUCCCGCCUCUCACCCCACUAGCUGCAAGUGGGAAGACUGUGCAGGAGCAGAAGAUGGUCACCCAGCUGGGCAAAAUGAUCCGCAUCAUUGGCGACAAGGUCAAAGAUGACAAGGAUUUCCAAGAUGCGAUAGAUGGGGUGGCAUUUUGCUCCGGCUCCAAGUGGGAGAGAUUUAAGGAAGUGGGGGACAAAGUGUUCCAACAUGGUAUCACUUGGGAAAGGAUUGCAGUGCUCUUUUAUGUUGCAGGGAAGCUCGCUGUCAAGAUGGUUGAGGCUCAUCUCCCUCAGUCGGUGAGAGAGAUCCUUAGAUGGACCGUGGAUUUUUUCAGAAACAAUCUGCUGGGGUGGAUCCGGGAACAUGGAGGAUGGAUAAACAGUUUCUCAGAGUUGGCAGUUGUGUCCAUGCAAAGUGUGUCAUCCAUGAGCUCCAACAGCUGCGGUCUGGUCGUGAUCUUUACUGCGGGACUGGUUAUUGGAAGUCUCAUCACAUGGAAACUGACUAGACAGCUCUGAGGCAGACAAAAACUAACAUACUCCAGAUUUGGGUCACCAUUGUGCCAUAUACAUAUAGAUAGUAUUUGACCUGACUGUAAAAUGUUUACCAGAGAAGGCCUGAGUCACGACAGGAUUGCGUGAAUUUUGUACCCGUUAAACCUGUACAAGUGAGACAAAAAAAAAUUCUUCUAACUCAGAAGUGCACAAAGGGUUUAAUGCUACACAAACUGAGCCGCACAACAAAUAUAGAAGGAAUAGGCAUUUCAAGCAAAAAUAUUGUUAAAGAGAAAAAGUAAAAGUUCCUCCCAGAAUUCUUGGUGAUGUAGCAGUCUCUGAACUUUCUCCAGUUCUGAAUCUCACACAACUGCACCCAUUUUACCAGCAACUGGUACUUAACCAGAUCCAUGUCCGGUCCGUCUCCAAUCCACUGUGGUCUGGCUCUGUGCUCUCUGGUCCGUCAACACCCACCGUUUCAGAACGCAGCAUGGAGCAAGACCGCCGGACAGCCGGAGUCAUGUUACAAAGGUUUUCCUGCAUUAAUGAAUAUCCAACUCCUCUCCUCGUCCAUGCUGUCUUUUCUGGGACCCCCUCUAAAACAAGAUGGCACAUCUCAAGGGGUUUAUCCCAAUAAAUACAAUUUCUUACAAUUGGCCCCUGAAAACCUCUGACCUGAUGACUCCAAGCCUGGCUUCGCUAAUCAUGACAGGACAUGGAUCCGGUGGAAUUUGGUGGUUAAGCUUUCUUAUGUUACUUAUUGAAUUAUUUUUUUUAUUUAAUGGCAAAAAGCGAAGAGCUUUCAGAGGCCCUAAAAACACUCUCAGGCAGUUGUAAAGCAUUACAAUCAGAGGCUAGUAAAAAUAAACAGAAACAAUACAUUUUAAAGAUGAGAUAAUAGUAACAUGGCCUCUUCGAUUUUUGAAUAUUCAACGAUUAUUCAAAUACACAAAAAUCAUGACUCCUCCCUAGUUCUGUGCUCACAGCCAGAGAAAGUUACAUUUUUACUGUCUGCCGAAAGUUAGUGCAGUAAUAUUUAUAAGGGAUGUCGCAUUCAAACUUUCUAUUGAUCAAGACAACAACUCUACUUCUGAACGCUCUAAAAGUUUACGUAUCUUGUAGUCCAAAGUCAUAAAGUCUGUAUAUAUUACAUUGACAUCACUAUUGUCAUAAUAGUGAGGGGGGAAACGUGUGCAAAUGGACUGGAAUUUCAGCUGUGUUUUGCUGCCUCACUCCAGGAAGGAAGAUUUGUCACGAACGGUUUCAUCAUUUAUGCCAAAUCUUGUCCUAUGUCAUGUCAUGUCUUUCCUGUCAUGAAUUGUGUAUUGGCUCAUCAUCUGUGUUUGGACAGAUUUGAGGUCUGUCAGGAUGGUACUGCGUAGCUCUGUGCAGCAGAAUGUGGAGAUGCGUAUUAUUCAUCUCUGCGUUCAGAGGCAUCAUAAAGGCAAACUGCACAGAGCUGCAAAACUUUAAGGCAUGUUUGGGCAUGAAUACUGUUUGUGCACUAUGCUUUGUGAAUUGGUCUGUGAGAUGGUGCAGAGUGGGGACAAAUGAAGCGCAAUUCUUGGUGCUGUUAGUGUUGCAAUCCACUCUGUCUGAAUUAGCCCCACAGUUUUUUAUUCAUAAUUGUCAUGUGAUGACACAUCUAUUUUUUCAUACAGAUUACAUUUUGCCAUUAGAUGGUCUCAUUUUAAAAUGUGUCGAAGAUAACCUUAUAUUUUCUUCUUUUCUACAAUAGCCCAAACAGUCUUCUUUAUGCAAACUCUUACACCCAUUUUUAAAGGGAUAUUUUUAGAGAUUAACAACAACAAAUGUUCCAUGGAUUGAUUAUGCUUGAGGAACCCAUUAACUUGCCUACCUGAAGAAAUUACUUGAAUAAUAUUUAAUGUUAUCUUCCAGAAUGGGAUUUUCCAGAUUUUAAUUAAGAUUAUUAAAUGAUUUAAAACAAAUUAAUGGCCAAAGUGCCUAAAUAUUUUUUUCCUGUUAAAGUUAUGAAGCCCUUUUUGGUAAUGUAACACGGAAUUAUUUUAACUUGUGGCCACAUCAAGGGCAUGAUCAUGUUUUUUAGUGCUUACUGGUCAUUUUAAGAGCAUUUUUCUCAAAAUGAAGUCAAAUUUUAGGUACGAAUGCCAGGCCCCACAGAAUUAUAAUUUCAAAAUGGAUACCAAAUUUCAAUUUCGAUAUCCAAAAGUUAAAGUAUCAUCCCGUCAUUAUUUUCUGUAUGCCUGGCCCCAGUACUCUCGAACACAGUUACAAUAUCAUAGUGUGUUAAAAAGUUUACUGUCUACUCUGUACCUUACAAACAAAGGACAGUUUUCCCAGUGCAUGGGAUAAACUCUGGUUCCAUGUGUGAUUUAUGUUUACAUUUUUCUAUAAAUAACAUGAUUGUCAUUGCAACAUGUCAUUUGGAAUGGUUAUAAGUAAAAUAUGCACAUAAUUGGUAUGUUUUACCUAACAUUUGGUGAAUCCAGUUUUUCCUGUUUUUUUUCUGCUCAUUUUAAAAGUUAUUUUUUAUUUUUCCUUAAAAAUGGUAAAAUGGUGAAAUUGAUUAAAGUAACCUAAUUUGGUUCAAUCUGAAUCUGCAUUGUAAAUGUGAAUUUCCAAUAAAUGUUAAAGCUGUAAUCAAAGGAAUAUUAAAGCCAUGUUAUUUUAAA